UUCAUUCAGACUCUCACUGAAGCUCCUCUGAGAAGAAACAAUGACAGAAUCUGAGUUAUAUGUUGAAUAUAAAGGAGUUUUCCUUCCUAAACAUCUGCAUCCUCCCGACAGUCUGAAGUACUACGAGGAUUUUACUUUCCGACCAGAUGACGUCCUCAUUGUCACCUACCCCAAAUCUGGCACCACAUGGUUGCAGGAGAUCGUUCCACUCAUCCUCAGUGGGGGAGACCUCACCCCCGUGCAGACUAUACCGAACUGGGAUCGGGUUCCAUGGCUGGAGGUGCACCGGGCCAAGAUACUGAACCCGGAGCAAAGGUCGUCACCACGCGCCUUCGCAACCCACUACCAUUACAACAUGAUGAACGAGUCCUUCCUAAAAGUCAAACCAAAGGUCGUUUAUGUGAUGCGAAACCCUAAGGACGUCUUUACAUCCUCCUUCCACUACUACGGAAUGGCUUCGUAUCUGGUGAAUCCAGGCACCGCCGACGAGUUCCUGGAAAAGUUUCUCAGUGGAAAAAUGUGA